GGCAGCACUCCUUUGGCUUUGAAGCUAACUUGAGACCACUGAAAAACGAAGGAAAACCAUGAGUACCAUUUCCAAGAAUUCCUUGAAGACGUCCCUGCUGGAGCUAGAAUGUCAUUUUACAUGGACUUUGCUGAAGCAGGAUGUGGAUCUUGAUGAGCUAGAGGAAACUAUAGGCGAUCAGAUUGAGUUUUUAAUAAAAUCCAACAUCACAAAUUAUAAUCUACUCUCCUAUGUAUGCCACCUAAAGAAUUCAAAUGAGGAAGCCCUGAGAAAUCUCCAAAAAGCUGAAGAAAUUAUUAAAAAAAAUUAUCCAGAUGAAAUUGCCAGGAGAAGUCUUGUUACCUGGGGGAACUAUGCCUGGAUCUAUUACCACAUGGAGAGAUACAAAGAAGCUCAAACUUACGUAAACAAAGUGGAAAACAGCUGCAAAAAGCUUUCAAGUACUGCUCAAUGGAAGAUUCAGCUUCCAGAGAUCUAUGCUGAGCAAGGAUGGGCACUAUUAAAGUUUGGGGGAAAAUACUACAUGAGAGCAAAGAAUUGCUUUGAAAAUGCUCUGAAGAAUGAACCCGAUAACCCAGAAUUUAAUGCCGGCUAUGCAAUAGCAAUGUAUCGUUUGGAAGAUUUUUCUCACAGACAAUGCGAAGAUGUAAGCCUGUCCAUCAAGCCCCUUAAGCGUGCAGUGCAACUGAAUCCAAAGGAUACUUUCAUUGUGGCAUUACUUGCAUUAAAACUUCAGGACUUCAAGCAAGUUGAAGAAGGGGAGAGGUACAUUGAAGCAGCAAUGCAGAAAACCCCUGACCUUCCUUAUGUCCUGCGAUAUGCUGCUAAGUUUUACAGAAGGAAAGGAGAAGUGGACAAGGCACUGAAGAUUUUGAAAAAGGCCAUAGCAGUGACACCAAAAUCUGCCUUUUUGCAUCACCAACUAGGACUCUGCUACAGAGCAAAGCUGUUUCAAUUGAAAAAGACUACAAGAUAUCCACCUCAAGAACAAGUGGAGGAAUUCAUCCGACUUUCCAUUUUUCAUUUUAAAAUGGCGACUGGCCAAAAGACAAAAUUUUUUAGUGCCCAUAUUGACCUAGCAAACAUGUAUGCACAAGGAAAGAGGUAUGAAAAAGCAGAAGAGACAUUUCAGAAAGCGUUUCAGAUAAAUAUUCUAACCUAUAAUGAUAAACAAGAAUACUACUACCAUUAUGGCAAUUUUCAGCGUUUUCACAUGAAAUCGGAAUCUGAAGCCAUUAGGUAUUACCUAGAAGGGCUGAAAAUCGAAAAAGAUUCUUAUAUAGGAUCUAAGUGCAGAGAUGCUCUGAAUCAAUUGUUGGAAAAGAGAAUUCAGGGAGGUUUAGGAGAUGCAACAGAUUUCGGUACGCUUGGGCUCAUUCAUAAUCUAAAUGGUGAGAAACAUAAAGCAACUGAGUGCUAUGAGAAAGCCGUUGCAUUGUGUCCUGACAAUGAAGAAUAUUUGAGUGCAUUAUGUGAGCUACGACUUUCCAUCUCAAGCUAAAGCUCCCAAAAAUCCUUCACACCAAAAAAAAUCCCCAAACCCAAUAACAUUUCAACAGACUCUCAAAACUACUUUUUUUU